AUUUUCUAUGAAAUCAAGUCCUUACAAGCAAGAAGAUGAGCCAGAAUGCCCAAAACAGUCAUUCGAAGGCAAUAUUUAUGUUGCACUUUCUUAUUAUUGUUCUGCUGUUUGUUCUUCUAGGCAGAUAUAGUUCGACAAUACCAGUGGCAAACCUUGACUUCAAAGAGUGGAUUCCUCUGCCGCGAAACAAGCAUCUUUAUACACAGACGUACAAACGCGCAAAUAACACGAUACCGACGGCACGAAAAGAGCAAAUACAUGCAUAUUGUAGAGCCACCGGCGUCCCGGAGCCAACAGCAGACAGUUCUGUGCAACUGAUCUAUAAUAACAAAUUUAACAUCAGCUACUUUGAUAUGCCUAAAAUUGGAUCUACCUUCAUUAAGCAGAUGUUUUCUGCUUUAGAAUAUGGUUCUACAAACGCAAAAGACAAAUUCGGCACAACUCGUAAGAUGGUUCAUAAAGAAUUCUUAGGACAAGGAAAACAAUUUUAUUUUAACCGCACUUUGGAUAAAAUGGUGACUAUUGUCGCGGUACGAAAUCCUUACUCCAGAUUAUUUGCUGCAUUUGUUGAUAAGGUGUACUUGCCAAACAGUAUCCAUUUCGUAUCAAAUAUACUUGCAUACAAACAAAGGAACACCGCGUCAGGUCUAAUAAAUCAUACAACAGUCAGUCGCAGUGAUCCGCGUGGACUUUCGCUCACUUUUCAGGACUUCCUUAAUUAUGCAUUAGACCCUCGCAAAUGGAAUAAUUUCAUGUUUAACCAUUAUGAACCAUGUUUUCCACGAUUGAAUCAUCUAAUAUGUAAUUCUGAUAAUUAUAUUGUAGUAAAACAGGAAACGUUUGAAACUGAUAUUAAGAACGCCCUACAAGCGGUUGGUGUGGACAAAGCAGAACAUAAAACGUAUGAUUCCAUAAUAAAAUCACUUCAUGAUUCGCGUAUAGAAGACUCAAUACCAGGUAUCAUACAAGUUACGUUUGAUAAUGCAAAGGAUUAUGCUAAAACAUGGACCGGAAAAAUUGUAGCUAAGAGACUUUGGAAUUCGUUUCAAAUUCAGGGAUUCAUCAGUAAGCACAUUCCAUUUCCUAAAAAGUAUUUUAAAUCUGAAAAGUCAUAUUCGAAUGUGGAUUUCAUUUCAAAAGUUUUCCUUCGUGAAAUGAAAGGAAGAAUGUUGUCUCGGAAGGGCACUAUAGAGCAACGAAAGGAAGCAAUGCUAAGUGCUUACAAAGGGCUGACCGAAGAUGUUAUAAGAAAUAUACAAAACAUGUAUCGUGAUGAUUUUGAAGCUUUCGGGUACAAUAAAACAUUAACUUAAAAUACGAAAGUGACUUUAAAUGGAACUGAUGAAUUUGUGUAGUCAAAAGAAGUUAUUUGUGAACGACUUCAUUUCAAAUAAACUUCGAUAACAACACUGCUGAAUUGGAGAUUUUGGUGUUGCCUUUUGAAUUAUGCAAGCAAUUUGUAAUUAGAAAUUUUCAAAUCAAAGCCAAUGAUAUCUGAUUACAUAUUUAUCCGCAAUGAUAAACUGGUACCUUCUGUUUGGUAAAAAAACUAAAUAUUUCAAACAAAAAGUGCAAGAUAAAUGAUAGGGAUACUCAGUACACAGUACAUGAAGCAUAGUUUAUAUUAUUAUACCUCAUGUAAAACACCUAAUGCAAAGUCCCUAUCUCUCAAAAUGUACUACUUUUAAUGUCUCUCAUGCCGAUCCG